GUAGAAAAUCCAACCAAUCUUCAACAACUGAUCAACAAUAUUGUGAGCCAAUUUCCCAGGUUUCUCGUGCCUAUUUUUGAGAGACAGCAUAUAAAAGCGGUGUGUUAAUUUGACCUGAUUGAGUUAUUGUUUUGUGGCUGUUACCUACGUCAUUGUCAUGGAUCAGUUUACAGGUGUUAGCUGAUAAUUUAGUGGUGUCUGUUAACGAGGACUAUCUAGAGGCAGGACAAGAAGUACACCUGAAUCCGGGUGAUGAGGUAGCUGUGAUCCCACCGAUCAGUGGAGGAUAGACAGGAUGGACCAUGUGGACAUAACUGAAGACAGGAUCAAUGCAGACGUUACUUCUAAACUUGUAUCUUCUCCAGCAUGUGGAGCCAUAUCUGUCUUCAUAGGUACGACAAGAGAUAACUUUGGCGGGAAGAAAGUCUUACGUUUGGAGUAUGAGGCCUAUAUUCCAAUGGCCAAGAAAAAGAUGAUGGAAAUUUGUCAUCAGAUACGUGAUAAGUGGGACAUACACAAAAUAGCAAUGGUACACCGUAUUGGUGUUGUACCAGUGGAAGAGGCUAGCAUUAUAAUAGCUGUGUCAUCACCACACAGGAAAGAAAGUCUAGAAGCAGUCAGCUUUGCUAUUGAUACAGUCAAAGCAGUGGUACCUAUAUGGAAAAAGGAGAUAUAUGGUGAUGAAAGCUCAGCCUGGAAGGAAAACAAAGAGUGUGCAUGGACUUCUUGAUAACAUCAGGGUUGUAGUGGAUCAAGGUGUUAAACAUAAAACCCUGAUUAUGUAUUAUUAAUCAGAUAUUGUUAAUCAGAUAUUAAAUCUAAUUAAGUGAGAACAAGACAUUGAUUAUUCAAACUGUGAUAAGUGUCAAUCAGAGGUAAGAGAACUUGACAAGAUUAUUUUUAAUCGUAACAGAACAUAUCAAAACCUAAAAAAAACACAUAGGGAAAGGCGAAGGACUGCAUGUGUACGAAGGCCCAUAACUCUUACACAAAAAAUUGAUUUAAAAUUACAGGUCUCCAAGAAAGGCAUGACAAGCAAUUUAACCAGAGGUGGAGAUAAUUUCUACUUGUACAGCAUUCUGUCUCUGAAGUGGACAGACAAUAUCAGAGUUGCUUUUAUUCCGAUUACAGGAAUACAUAUUAUACAACAGUACUCUUUAAUACAAUGCUGAUACAUUUCUUAUUUGACAUCAUUCCAUGCUUUAAUCAUGUAUUCUGUACUUCAUAUUUUUAGUACUUGAAUUCAGUUGUCAAUCCAGGUUGCUUGCAUGAACAUGCAGACCCCUAAGACUUGUCACUUGGGAAUAACUCCAUUCUCAUGAUAUCUGUUGUCAUUCAACAACCACGGUAACCAACUUUUGUGUACAUUGUCACUUAUCACAUCCAUAGGUGUUUGCGGGAUUAAAUAUUUGGUGUCCCAAGUAUGAUCUAAAAUGUUUACAUUUUUAAUCGGGAUGCCUCCGAUGUGUAAUAGUAAUAACCACUAUCCAAGUAAUCCAAGUAACUGAUCACAAAAGUAGUAAAUCAUACCUACUGUGUGGCAUUCAAAUUCUAUGAUUCGUUCAUUUUUAACCAAUCAGAACAUUGCUGAACUAGCACACACGAUCUGUCGUAUUAUAUAAUUACAAAUAAGGCGUGAUUUCAAGUUAUUAACAAACUAACCUAUGAUUAUUUAAUAGUAUUUAACAUUGUUACUGGCAUGCAUUCAAUGUUUCCAAAUAAAACAUGGAAAAAUCAA